AUGCAUCCCGCCUACACACUGUAUAUCGGCCUUGAGGCUCAGGUGGCAGAAUGGAAGAAUGACAUGUAUGCCACCGUCAGCAAAGCUUUUACAAUGCCUAUCGAUAUGCGGAAUCAGGUCGAUGAGAAGAAACCUCUCAUUAUUGAGAAGCAAGUUGAAGAGGGAUGGCAAAGAUCGGAAAAGGAAUGCGCAGAAAAGAAAUAG